GCUGCGCCCUUGGUUUGCAUUUUUUCAAGUUCAGAUUUUCACGACUAACGAGGUAAUUUUCCAACUAAAAAGUUCAAAAUCAUGUCGACAGUAUUUGUGCAGAUAGGACAGUGUGGGAAUCAAGUAGGUCAAGCCUUAUGGAGGAGGAUUAUGAAGGAUGAUGAAGUUCACAAAAGUCACAGUUUUGUUGCCAAUGAUGGAAAGUUUAGGUCUGUGGUUGUGGACAGUGAACCAAAAGUUAUCAGAAAAAUUACAAAGGGGUUGCCAUUCAGGGAAGAAUCAGUAAUAACAGGCAAGAGAGGAAGAGGAACUAACUGGGCUUUAGGUUACCAUGGUCUGAAAAGAAGUGGAGAUGACCAUUUGUUAGAGGACACAUUAGAUGCUGUUCGUAAAGAAAUUGAAAGGUGUGACUGUUUCAAUGGAAUAAUUCUGCUACACAGUCUAAGUGGUGGGACUGGUUCUGGUUUUGGUUCCCGGCUUACAGAAAUCUUGAGAGACCGGUACCCAAUGCAUCAUCUGAUGUCAUGUGUGUUUGCCCCUCAUGCCAGUGGAGAGAGUCCAUUACAGCAUUAUAACGCUUUGUUAACACUGGCUACCUUACAGAGAACCACAGACUGUGUAGUACUGACACACAAUGAUGAUGUGUUACAUCGUGUACAGAAGAAGAAAGGGCAAGAGAGUAUAUCAUUUGCCAACCUGAAUGAGGCCAUUGCGAGCCACCUGUCAGGAAUCUUCCUUCCCACCGAGUCUCUGAUGACAAGAAGUGCAUACAGUCUUGGAAUGGAACCAUGGGAGAUGAUUAGAUCAGUGAGUCCGAUGCCAAACCUGAAAUUUGUACAGAUAGCUCAGUAUAUGAACAGUAAAAUGAGUUGGUCAGAUCUGCUUGGUAAACUAUCGGCUACAAUAAGGAAGUACGACAGCUCGGGAAAACCUUACAGUAGUUUAGGCAAUAUUUGUGUGGCACGGGGAGAUACCACAGGAGGUUUCCAGCUUCACGUAGGUGCCCUGGAGCCCAAACUGAAACAAGCUUACAACUGUGUCAACUGGAAUCCAUUCCCAGUCGACUUCUGGACAGCUAAACCAAACAACUGUGGAUCUAAGAAUUCUGCCAGUUUAACAGUGGCAGGAAACAGUUCAUCUAUAACUGAAUACCUAGAAAAUGUUCUUGAAAGGUCAAAGGUCAUGUAUGACGCUGGAGCAUAUCUACACUGGUACUGGAGACAUGGGGCUGAAAAGGAAACAUUCGAAGAUGCCUUUGAAACACUUGAAACAGUUGUUGAAGAUUAUAAGACAGCUGUUAAAUGACCUAUCACAGUUUUAACUUCAAAAUGAGGGAUGUGAAAACUUGAGAGCUCCGCUUGUGCUCAGUCCCCGAAGGGGUGUGAAUAGCUGCUCAAGAAACAGGAUUACACAGCGGCGGUUCAUGGACAUCACAGGGUUGACUGUUUGGGCAGCUUCAGUGCCCUUCUUCGAAAUUCGUGUAUUUUGUCAUUACUGUUUUUGACGAUUUCCAGAUUUCGACGGAGAAAGUCUGCAGAAAGGUUCAUUCAUAAAAUAAAACUGUUAACUGCUUCUUACCCCAGCUGGCUUAAAGUUAAUAAUAAUACAUUUCUGCAUGUUGUCAGGCCGUGUUGACCAUGUGCUUGUGCUUAGAACUGAACAUAACAAACUAACAGUUGCACACUAUUCUGGCAAACUAAACAACAUUUUGAGUUAAAUUUCAGAAAAGUGUUCCACACAACGCAAUACGGACUUUAACAUAAAAAGCAAAUCAUAUCAGAUGCAUAACUUUAUUCAACAAAACACAUUAUUUUAAUAUAGUUACUAUGUUUUUUUAUAAUCUAUCGCACGUCUUACAUGAUCACGUAAUAUACAAGUAUACAAUAAAUUACAGUGAUAUUUAUA